AUGAAACUUUCUCUUCACCAGCAUCCAGUUCUUCCACGCCGGAAACUGCUGCUUGUCAUUCUUGAUGGUGUUGGUAUUGGCCCCGGUGACGAAUAUGACGCCGUUCACGUUGCAAAAACGCCUUUCAUUGAUGAACUGCGCAGCAAUGCCACCCACUUCCGCUCCGUCUGCGCACACGGCACAGCUGUCGGACUCCCAACAGACGCAGAUAUGGGAAAUAGCGAAGUCGGACACAACGCACUCGGCGCAGGCCGUGUUGCACUGCAGGGCGCCUCUCUCGUAGAUGACGCUAUUAAGAGCGGAGAGAUAUUUACCAGUGAUGGAUACCGCUACCUUCAUGGUGCCUUCUCGCAGCCAAACCGUACACUGCACCUCAUCGGACUUUUGAGUGAUGGCGGCGUACACUCACGUGAUAAUCAGCUUUAUGAAAUCAUCAACUACGCCAGUACACAUGGAGCAAAUCGUAUUCGUCUCCAUGUCCUCUAUGAUGGUCGUGAUGUACCUGACAAGAGCUCUUUCAAGUUUACAGACGAAGCUGAAGCUGUUCUUGCCAAAGCCCGUGAAAAGGGAUGUGAUGCCCGUAUUGCAAGUGGUGGUGGCCGUAUGUUUGUCACCAUGGACCGGUAUGAAGCCGAUUGGUCUAUUGUCGAACGUGGAUGGAAAGCACAGGUCUUGGGUGAGGGACGACACUUCAGUUCUGCAAAAGAAGCUAUCACGACUUUCCGUGAGGAAGACCCAAAUGUUUCGGAUCAAUACUAUCCUCCAUUCGUUAUUGCCGAUGAAAGUGGUAAACCUAUUGGCACUAUUGAGGAUGGUGAUGCUGUUCUUUGCUUUAACUUCCGUGGUGAUCGUGUUAUUGAGAUGUCACGUGCAUUUGAAGAGGAAGACUUUGACAAAUUUGAUCGUGUACGUGUCCCUAAGGUGCGUUACGCAGGUAUGAUGCGCUAUGAUGGUGAUCUUGGUAUUCCCAACAAUUUUCUGGUGCCACCACCAAAGCUUUCACGCACGAGUGAAGAAUAUCUUAUUGGUUCCGGCUGCAACAUUUUUGCCUGCUCUGAAACUCAGAAGUUUGGACAUGUGACAUACUUCUGGAAUGGCAACCGCAGUGGAAAACUCGAUGAGGAGCAUGAGACCUUCCUUGAGAUCACCAGUGACCGUGUGCAGUUUAAUGAGAAACCACUCAUGAAGAGCAAAGAAAUUACUGACGCGGCGAUUGAGGCUCUUCAAAGUGGCAAAUAUGACGUUGUGCGCAUUAACUACCCCAAUGGUGAUAUGGUUGGCCAUACCGGUGAUCUCGCAGCGACCAUCACCGCUCUUGAGGCAGUGGAUGCAUCACUGUUGCGUCUGAAGAAUGCCGUUGACAGUGUGAACGGUGUCUUCCUCAUUACGGCCGAUCACGGUAACUCUGACGAUAUGGCACAACGUGAUAAGAAGGGAAAGCCGAUCGUUGGCCCCGACGGAAAGGUCCUCCCUCUCACCUCCCACACACUUGCCCCAGUGCCUGUAUUCAUUGGAGGGGCGGGCCUCGACCCAAAAGUGCAGAUGCGCACCGAUCUCCCGCGUGCAGGACUUGCAAAUGUGACAGCAACCUUCCUCAAUCUGAUGGGCUUCAUCGCACCAGACGACUACGAGCCUUCGCUUAUUGAAGUCGUUCACAAUUGA